CUAUAAAUGACUCAGACUCAUCGUAUGCUAACAGAUAUAGGACCAUCUCUGUCUUCCUUCCCUAUAAAAGCCAUCUCUCUUCCUCCGUCCACCCCCAUUAGUCCAACAACUAUCGACUGGAACGUAGCGAUGGACGACAUGAAUGCCGAGUACGACUUCUACUGGGAAACUAAGCGCUUCGUGGACUUCGAAGAGCUGGAGAGCUGGGGACUUGAGGAGGCCGUGUCCGCUGGCUACUAUGGUUCUAGUUCCCCUGAUGGUGUCUCUUCGCCGACGCCGGCCAGGGAGCCGCCGCCGGCCACGGCGCCACCGCCGGCCAAGACCAUUGCCAUGGAGAGGAAUCGCCGGAAGAAGCUAGACGAUAAACUUUACGCGCUGCGAAGCAUCGUCCCCAAAAUCACCAAGAUGAACAAGGCGUCCAUCAUAAAAGACGCGAUAGAUUACAUUGUGCAGCUUCAAGAAGAAGAAAGGCAGAUGGAAGCAGAGAUAUCGGAGCUUGAAUCAAAACUCAAACAAGAGUUAACUUCGGUUGACGACGUUGCGCAAUAUGAUAAUCUGCGCCUCGUGCAUAGAAAGAAGAAAAGAACUGCGUCUGCUCUAGUUUCACCCAACUCGCCACCGAUCCAAGUUGUGGAUGUAACUAAACAUGCUCUCCCCUUCCGCUUUUCUUUUUCAUUACACUUUUUAGUUUCUGAUCGUGAACAAAAAACAGAGACUUUCUCUAAUUCAGCAAAUGAUUUGUUUUGGUGGCAUCGCGUGCAGCUUAAAGUGACUGAAGUUGGGGAGAAAACCAUGGUUAUAAGCAUCACCUGCAACAAGAAGAGAGACACCAUGAUCAAGCUGUGCGAUCUAUUCGAGUCUUUCAACAUCAAGGUCAUCACAGCCAACAUCACCUGCGUUGCCGGCAGCCUCUUGCAUACUCUGUUCAUUCAGAGUGAUGAAAUGGGGAGUGCUCAACUGAAGGACAAGAUUGAGACUGCAAUUACAAGAAUUGAUGGCUCAUGGAGUACAACAAGUUCCUCGAGUUAUUAACAACAUGCAUGGAUUCAGCAAGGCUAUUUUGGCCAUAUAUGUGUUUGUUAAAAGUUUAAAAGGAAAAUUGAUCAUAAAAAGGAAAAUUGAUCAAUAAAACCGUCUUUUGUACAGCCUAAGCUUUCAAUUCUGGGACUAGGCCGUUGUUUAGCAAUUAUAAUAGUGUACUAUGUGAUGGAGAUCAAUACAACCUGACUUUUUGAAUUUUAAA